AUGAAGUUUACCACCGUUUUCAUCACUUUUAUGGCCGCCUCGAGCGUCUCUGCUCUUUCCACUGAAGACUCCUCUUACCUUGUUGCUAGGGCCAACGAAAACAAGGAAGACAACGCUGCUGCUAAGGAAGUGUUGAAGGCUGUUUCCGAUGCUGCUAAGCAAAAAGCCGCUGCUAAAGGCAAGGAGAUUGUGGAGAAGAAGAAGGCCGAGUUGAAGGCCAAGGCUGAGGCUUCCAUCAAGGAUUCCAAGGAGAUUGCCCACCAUAUCUUUGAUCAACUCAAGCACCACUCCUUGUUGAAAAUCAAAGAAAUCACUGCUCAGCUUUUGGAGCUCAUCAAGAAGAAAAUCGCCGAUGCUGUGGACCUCGGCAAGACCAAGGCUGGUGAGGUUGUUGACAAGAAAAAGGGAGACAUCAAGGAUGCUGUGGACAAGAAGUUGCACCCAAACACUACGACCAAUGCCCUUGUUGCCAGGGAGUUUGACGACUUCAACUUGGAAGAAAGAGGACUUCUUGACGACGCCAUGACCCACAUUUUCGUCAUUCUCAAGAGAUCGGGCUUGAUCAACAGCAUCAUCAGACAAUCCUUGAUUGACGAUCAGGUGAGACACGGAGUGGCCGGUAUCACUGUGGAAUUGAUUGAGGCCGAUGUGAUUCCAUACACGGAGGUGUUGGAGGCCAUGAAGGACUCUGGCUUGGCUCUUGACGUAAUCAAGUUUUCGCUUACCGAUAGCGAGACCCGUGCUGGUUUGAUCCAGCUUAUCAUUGAGCUUAUUCCUGAGUUGAUUCGUUCUGGGGUUUUGAACCCAUUUGACUACAUUGGCGGCGAUGCUAUUGCCCAGGCCCAGUCUGUGGAGUCCAGCACUGUGACUCCCGUGCCCACUGCCGCCUAA